AUGCCCACACUCAAAAAAUACGCCGUCCUCACCGCCGCCGUCCUGGCAGCCCUGACCGCCGCGGCCCCUUCACCAUAUCACCCCUCUCAGCUGGAAGUCCGCCAACCUCCCCCUGGUGAUCAGAGCGGAGGUGCCGGCGGUGAUGGCGGUCCUGGAGGCCAAGGAGGUGACGGUGGGAACAACAAUGGGGGAAACAACUCUGGCAACGGAGGCCAAGGCGGACCGGGUGGUGAUGGAGGUCAAGGAGGUGCUGGAGGUCCCGAUGACAGUCAAGGUGGAGAUGGAGGCAACGGCGGCGCCGGUGGCAACGGCGCUGUUGAGGAAAUCAUAAAUGGCGGAACUGCCCUCAUAUUAAGGAGCAUAUAG